AUGAGCAUUGAACAAAACACAGUGUAUUCGACAUUGUUGCCACGACACAUCAGACUCCUUCGACUGAACACCAAUGGACUGGAUACCGACAUAGGGGUCUUCGAAGAGACUGAGUUGAGAGCGGCGUCUCCAUUCUACGCUCUUAGUCAUUCCUGGAGCGAGUUCGCGCAUGAUACCUCAAUUCAGAUCGGUGGUUACAAACAUAAUGUAAGCUCCCAGCUCGCCGAUGGCAUUGGUCGGCUUCGAGCUCUCGCGAGCCACGCCACAUCACUAGAUCCUCCUUUAAACCUAAUCUGGAUUGACAGCAUUUGCGUCAAUCAAAAUUGUACUACCGAACGAUCAUCUCAAGUGAGCCUGAUGAGGGAGAUUUAUUCCGGCGCCGUUAGAACGCUAAUUUGGCUGGGGCCUUCAAUCGACUCGUCGAUGCUAGGAUGGGAUCUUGUUGAUAGAAUCUACCAAGUCUUCCGAGCACAUUAUCCAGAUCUGUCUUCUCCUGAGGAGAUUCCAUUGCGGACGUAUUCGGAUUCGUUCCAUCAAGCAUCAGGGCUUCCCGAUUGGACCUCCCCUAGUUGGCGGGCACUAUUUCAACUCUUCCAGCUCCGUUGGUUUACGAGGAUUUGGGUUGUCCAAGAGACGGUCCUGUCCCCGCAAGAUCCUAUUAUUGUUCAUGGAGACAAGCUCUACCCCUGGCAUCGUGUAGAAUGGGCCGCGUCCUGGAUGCGACGAAACGGUUAUCUACGCCUUCAUCAGACUCCCAGCGCAUUACUGCAUAUCGAUAACAUUGGCUACUUACGAAGAGCACGUGCGAAGUGGCCUUUGGUUGCUCUGAUGUCAAUUACUCAAAACAAAUUCCACGCCACAGACCAGAGAGAUAAGAUCUACGCGUUACUUGGCCUAGCUGCUGAGACUCCUAGAGAAAUUUUGCCAGAUUACUCCCUCGAUAUAAAGCAGGCGUAUCAAAAAGUCACACGGUACUUUCUGGAGCAUGAUGGCUCGCUCUCUAUAUUCACGCGAAGUCACGGCACAAAUGGAAGCUUAUCUAAAAGGCGACGCAAGGAUCAUUUUGAAGACUUCCCAUCUUGGCUACCAAAUUGGAGUGACUUCGCAGUCGACGAUAGUAACAUUCGGAAAAGCUUUUCUUGGUUACACUACUCUGACAACAAAAAACCCGUGUGUCUCGGAUUUCCUGAACACUAUGUCGCAGCUGGAAACCUGUCACUUAAAGUACACGUUACUGAAGACAGUGACGUCCUUUGCCUCGAUGGUAUGAGGGUCGACAAGAUAUCCCAAAUUACCUCGAUGAGUGACGAAAAGAUCCUUAGAUCCGAUUUCGAUAGAAACUUUGCUUCAAUCAUAGCACGAGUAUGUGCGGUAGCGACUGCACUGCUAAUAGAGAAGAAGAUAGAAACGUGGUCGAUGCAGUUUAUACAAACAACAGCUGCAGAACAACAGCGUCUCGGCGGUCGAUCUUGGAUGCAGUUCUUCGAAGACGGUCUUGCAUAUCUCUAUCAGCUAGUUCUAGCGAACGAGAAGCUGAUGGCAACAUUUGCACUCUACGAUAGCGAAGACGGUCAUUUCUUGCAAUGGCUGAAGGCAUCCUCGGAAAACGGCGAACCCGAACAAUACGCUGCUCUAGCUCGCAACUUCUGCUACGGUCGAUGCUUCUUCAUUACAUCGGCUGGUCGCAUGGGUAUUGGUCCUUCCGACUCCAAAGUGAACGACACUGUCGCCAUCAUUCCUGGUGGCGGUGUACCCUACAUUAUCCGGCCAGAAGCUGAUGAUUGGCUUUUUGUAGGAGAAUCGUACGUACAUGGAGUUAUGAAAGGCGAAAUAUUACAAGAGCACGCACAGGGAAAUGUACAGAUGGAAGCUCUGACUUUUCGAUAG